GCCAGCGAGCCCGGUCUCCGGGAGUAGGUUAUGUUGAAACGGCAAAGAAAAGGUGGAGGAGGACGGUGGAAGGAGUAGCAACUUUCUCUCUUUCUCACCAACUUUAUGAGGAGUUGUCGCCUGGGGUUUUGCAUGGCUGAAUGGACUUGAGUUUAUUCCUCAGUACGCAGUUGGAUAUUACCUCACCGUGGUCAGUUGAAGUUUUAGUCUGAUCUUUUGGGGACCUUUUUGUCGCUUAUGGACUUAAUUCGUUUUGAUUUCAUGUGAGACUGAGAGGAGAGACGUGGAAGUAAGGCACAAUAUAAUCUGUAUUGGUUUACGUUGUCGCCAUGUCCAUGCUUCCGACGUUUGGUUUUACGCAGGAACAAGUGGCGUGUGUCUGCGAAGUCCUCCAACAAGGGGGGAACAUCGAGCGGCUGGGACGCUUCCUCUGGUCCCUCCCGGCGUGCGAACACCUCCACAAAAAUGAGAGCGUCCUCAAAGCGAAAGCCGUAGUCGCUUUCCACCGGGGGAACUUCCGAGAGCUCUACAAGAUUCUGGAGAGCCACCAGUUUUCGCCGCACAACCACCCGAAGCUGCAGCAGCUGUGGCUCAAAGCGCACUACAUCGAGGCAGAGAAGCUGAGAGGCCGCCCGCUCGGCGCCGUGGGGAAGUACCGCGUCAGGAGAAAGUUCCCCCUGCCCCGCUCUAUCUGGGACGGAGAAGAGACGAGCUACUGCUUCAAGGAGAAGAGCCGGAGCGUCCUCCGAGAGUGGUACACCCACAAUCCGUAUCCAUCUCCGCGGGAGAAAAGAGAGCUGGCCGAGGCCACGGGACUCACCACCACGCAGGUCAGCAACUGGUUCAAAAACCGACGGCAGAGAGACCGAGCAGCGGAGGCAAAGGAAAGAGAAAACAACGAGAACUCCAACAGCAAUAGUCACAACCCAUUGACUUCUUCCAUGAAUGGAAAUAAAACUCUAUUGGGGAGCUCGGAUGACGAUAAAACACCCUCGGGGACACCGGAUCACACGUCUCCGAGCCCGGCUCUGCUCCUCGGCUCAAACACCGGUUUACCGUCCCUGCACGGCCUCGCGCCCCCUCCGGGACCCAGUGCCAUCCCGGUACCGAGCGGUGCAGACUCGGUGCACCAUCACCACUCAUUGCACCAUGACACCAUACUGAACCCUAUGUCUUCUAAUCUAGUGGACCUUGGCUCUUAAAAAAAACGGCACCGAGGGGACAGAGAGUACCGUUUUGUUUUGUUUUGUUUUUUGGAAAAGUAAUUUUCAAGGUGGCGUGAGACGAGCUUUGAGCACUUGCAAGGUACAAGGCAGACAGACUGGGACACUGCGAAAACAGCCACCGUAACAAAUCAUUUAGUCUCAUUUUCAACCUUUAAACUCUUUUUAAGCAAGAGGGAAAACCAUGCGAGUGAACGCAGCACCUCCACCUCUCCCCAGAUUAAACUUCAUCUUGUUUCCAGGAUUUUCUAGAAACAAGUGUCAAAGCAGAGCACUUAAGAUAUUUUCAAAAUAUAGACCAACUUAUAACAGUCGCCAUCUUUUUUUUGGCAUAUUUCUCUUCGAUUCUCUCAUAUUCACUUGAGGACAAUAUAACGCGAACGGUGAAUAGAUUUGAGAUUAUGUGACUUGUUAAGACGGAUCAUUUUUGCAGUGGUUGGUGCAGAUGAAAGGUGAGGUGGAUCUAGGUCGUUUUAGAAAAAAAAAGAAAGUAAGAAAGAAAGAAGAAAAAAAGAAAAAAGUAUUUUACCGGAAUGUAAUAACGUAACAUGUUAUAUUGUUGAAAACAAUAACAAUAAAAUGUCUUAAUUCUUGUUACAA